UCAAAGGAUAUACUAGUGACUUUUAGAAAAAUAUACAGUGCCCUUGAUAAUUGUGAAAAUAUAUCAUGAUACAAUAUAAGACCACUGAUUGUUGUUUACGAUAAUAUUUACGAAAUUAUUUUACUUAAAACAAAAACAGGAAAAAUUACUAUUUCCCAAAAAUUUGAAACUCAUUGCAAGAACUUUUAAUUGCACUAAACAUCUAUUAAAAUUAAACAAAUUAAAGAAAUUAAUUCUUUCGAGAAAAAAACUAGCUUCAUGAAGAUGUUUAUUUAAAAAAUAUUGUUAUCAAAUAAAUCGAGUUCCGUAUUAUAGAUCAACUUGCAUUUUGUGGCAACAUCCUGUUUAAUAGAUAGACAAACGGAGAGAGAAAGAGAGAGCGAGAAAUUCUGAAGUACUUUCCAAAUGGAUAUAAAGCAGAAUAAGUGCAAUCCGAUGUAAUAUUUUUUUGUAACUAUAAAAAGAUCUGUAGAAUAAAUUAAAAGUUUACUACCAUAUCUCGCUUAACUUUAUUUCGGUAGUACAUCGAAUUGCAAAAGGUCGAUAAUCAUAGAUCACUAUGCUCCGUUAUAAAAACGCAUAAAAAGAUUAAGUUCGUCAAAGAUUCGUAUGACGCAGAAAUAAUUUAGAGGAAGAUUGAAGAGGAAGACGAGAAAAAUUGAAGAUUGAGGGAGACACUAUCAUAUUAUAUAACAGUGAAAAGAUGGCGGACUGUGAGAAAGAGGAGGCUCAUAAUCUCCAAAUGGAGUUUGAAUGGCUCCUACACGAAGAAGUUCACUCUUCAUUAUCCCAACUUCGCAAUAUCCUAAUGGAAUGCGCACAACGAUUUCCAUUGGCUGUUUUUGGUAAUGAUCAACUUAAUAAGACAGACAGAUUUGUAUUUGCAGCUCCGCAUGAUCAAGUAAAAUGUGUAGCAGUACUUACCGGUGAUAGUAUCACAAAUGCAGAAGUUAAUUUCAAAGUACAACGUCAACCAAAUGUUAACAUGAGAACAAGUAUAGUAAAUGAACAUCCUUGGAAAUUACAACAAAUACAAGAUGCUGCUAAUCAUUUACAACAAGCUAUUGCACAUAUUGAUAAUGUUGAUCGGCAUUAUCUUUUCAAAACAUCAGAUGAAGUUAUGCAUGUACUAGGUAAUAUAUUGGGUAGUCUUCAACGGAGCAGAACUAGUUUAAUUGUUCCCAGAAAGAAAACUAUCGAUGACCUCAUCAAAAGUCGUAAUAUGAAAUCUUUAAGUCCUAAUCUUCCAGAGAAUUUAGCUAUUAGCUUUUACAUUCAAAGCUAUAAACUGGUUUUAGCAGUCUAUCAAUUAGAAAAUGCACAUGGUAGCGUUAAACAUGAAACUCAACAAGCAGAAUGUAGUGUACCAUGGUUAAAUGAUGCAUUGGUACUUCUAACCAUAGCAUUGCAACUUUGUCAACGUUUGAAAGAUAAGAUUUGUGUUUUUUCUCUAUAUAAAGAUUUUACUGUGAGCACACAUGUUCCUUCAACUACCAGUUGGUAACCUUAAAUAUAAUUUCACCUUCAAAAUACUGUAUUAUAAAAAUGGUGCUAUAUAAGGAUUAUUGGUUCUAGUUAGAUGCUAGUUCAAUAAGCCAAUAAUGCUUAUUAAAGUCAGAUAGAGGAUAGCAUCCCCUUUUAUUAUUUUAACAAUUAUUGUACACGGAAUUUGUUUUUACAAAAUUUAGAAGUAAUUAUUUAUAGUGCGUGCCUAGAAUAGUAUUAUAGAAAUUUAAUAUUUCACUAUGAAACACUAAAGGUUGGAGGUGCAAAAAUUAAAAAUGGUAUUCUCAUGCUAUUUUGCACACUACAUAAAAAUUAACUAGAUACAACAGAAAAAGGAAACUAAUGUAUUUUGCCAAUUAUGUAUGUGCAGAGAGUUACUUUGUAUUAAAAUACUUCUUUUCCUCAUGUAUUUUACAUAUGUGCAAGUUUAACAAAUUUUUUAUGUAAAGGUUGCAUCUUCUACACAACAAAUUUGAGUUGAUUGAAACGCCUUUUAAUGUUAUUUUAAGGAAUUUUUUCUGUCAGGAUUGUCUUGUAAGACUGGUCCAUGUAAAAAUGAUUUUGAAAAAAAAAAAGAGAAAAGGGAAUCUUUUAUUUAAAUUCAUUUUGACAAAAAUAGAAAUUUUGUCAAAUGUGAAUUUUGAAAUUUUCAAUUUAAAAAUUUGAAUUUUGAAUUUUAAAAUUGUGAAAUUUUUAUAUAAGUAGAAAUAUUGCAUGAAAUAUCAAUUUUCUGGAGAAAAUAUUACAAAUAUCAAUAAUACUGUUCUAAACAAAAAAAUCAAUUAUUAUAUACUUUAUGUGCAUAUAAGAUAUACUAUUGAUUUUUCGUUUCUUUAUAUAUAGUAAAAUCUUCAUUUGUAUGUAUUUUAUUAUUAGAAAGAUAAGAUCUUUAAAAGACUUCUCUUAAAACAAUGUAUGUAUACACAAAGUAACUGUCAUGUAUGAACAUUUAAUACGACCAACUUUAAAGGAAAUACUGUCUUCUGAUAUCUUCUGAUUACAUUGGACAAUUUUCGAAAACAAAUGAAUGUUCGUUCACAAUCUUUAUAAACUAUUCUUUUAUUCGUUCAUACUUGGUUUUUCCUUCAAUUAUUUUUAUCGUACAGAGAAAAUUAUGAUAAUAUUCUUUUUACUUUUUUCUACUUGAAUAGUAAAAAAUACGAUCAAAAUAUUACCGCAUUCCAUCGAUUUGAAGUGCUUUGUCAAGAAAAAAUAUCUAUUUCACAAAUAGGAACCCUCGCCUUAAACUUUUAACGACUAUCGUUUGGUGUCGCCAUGGUAGUUUCAUGAUUUUUGGAACCAUUCUAAUAAAUUUUUAUUUAUACUUAUGCAUAUAUAGAUACACGUAUAUAUAUGAUCUGUAAUUAUUUAUUGAUACAUUAUAAAAUUAUUGAUACUAUUGCAUAAAAUGUAAAUAAUCGAGUAGGCUGUUGAUAUUUUCCAUCAUAUCUAAUAUAGACAAGAGUAAACGAAUUGGCAAUGAAAAAAAAGAAAAAAGAAAAACAAAUUUAUAAAAUGUCGAGUUGAUUAAGACGUGAUGUAGGUAUUAAAUAAAAAAGUGACGUAACUAUUAUAUCAAUACUUCUAAAUUUAAAUAUCAUCAAAUAAAAUAAUAAUAUGCCAAAUGCUAUCAUUUCUUCUAUCAAUUUACAAAACUAAAUUAAAAUUUUGUUUGUAUUGUAACAUGUUAUAUACAUGACUACCGAUUUAUUUGUAAAUGUAAGUUUAUAAUUUUUAUUGAUGUAUCAUUUUGGUUAAGACAUAACUAUU